GUUUGUGCGACGCACCUCAGCAGGUAACAUCCUGCCCGUGAUGCACGUCGGGCGUGAUGGGGGGCUACAUGUACUCUGCGCUGCCCACCACUCAAGCAGCGUCGGACAACAUGGACCGCAUCGCAUCGACUUCCACGGCCGCGCCUGAUGGCUAUCCUCUGCACUACUCGGACACUGUAGACGGCCACAAGUCGAAUGGAGAUCACGACGACACCGAUCUCGAGCUCGCCAACAGUGCGACCGCCUUGCGCCAAGACUUCGACCACGACCUCCUGACGCGUACCUACCGCGUCUACAAAGCGCGAUGGUUUGGCCUCGUGCAGCUGCUUCUGCUCAACGCCAUCGUCAGCUGGGACUGGCUGACAUUUGCCGCCGUCUCGGACACCUCCGCCAAGUUCUUCCGCGUCAAGAGCACCGGCAUCAACUGGCUGUCGACGGCCUUUCUCUUCGCUUUCGCCCUGUCCGCGCCCGCAACAAUCUGGGUGUUGAAUAAGUACGGACCUAAAGCGUCCAUCACCAUCGCCUCCGUACUCAUCCUCAUCGGCAACUGGAUCCGCUACGCUGGAGCAGCUGUCGACGAUGGAUACUUCUACGUAGUCCUGGCCGGCCAACUGCUCAUUGGUCUGGCUCAGCCAUUCGUGCUUGCAGCACCCACGCGCUACAGCGACAUGUGGUUCAGCGACGCCGGCCGAGUGGGAGCAAUUGCUGUGACCUCUCUGGCCAACCCUCUUGGAGGAGCAAUCGGCCAGAUCGUCGGCCCGUUAUUUGCAUCAAAACCCUCAGAUGUCCCCAACAUGGUGCUCUAUGUGUCUAUAAUAUCUUCAGCAGCUACGAUACCUUCUUUGUUCCUUCCUGCAAAGCCGCCAACUCCGCCAUCUGCACGCGCCGAAGCUCCUAAGCUCGACCUCCAUGCUGCUCUUCGCCAACUACCGAGGAAUGGUUCAUUCUACCUGAUGCUUGCACCCUUUGCCGUCUACGUAGGCUGCUUCAACGCCACUUCCAGUCUCAUCACACAGAUCUUUCACCCAUACGGCAUCUCCGAAGACGACGCCGGACUCGCUGGAGGCAUCCUGAUCAUCGCUGGCUUGGUCGCAUCUGCGAUCAUGUCACCUAUCGUCGAUCGCACGAAGAAGCAUUUGUGGGCAGUAAAGAUUCUGGUGCCAAUCAUUGCAAUUGCAUAUACUGUGCUCAUCUUCAUGCCCCUGACAAGAGACAUUGUUGGGCCUUACGUUGUUUGUGGAGUGCUUGGUGCAGCGUCUUUCAGCCUCCUCCCCGUUGCUUUGGACCUGCUUACCAUCGUGACUUUUCCAGUGUCGCCCGAAGUAUCAAGCGUUGUUGCAUGGACCGGGGGACAGCUACUCGGCGCCAUUUUCAUUGUGGUCAUGGACCAACUGAAAGGAGGUUGGGACGGCCAGCCAGCGAAAACUAUGCUAACCGCGCUGAUAUUCCAGGCCGGCAUGGCGUGGCUUGUCGUCCCGUGUGCAUUACUGCUCGGAGUCUGGAAAUUCAGGAAGAUCAUUGUUGGCUCGGAUCCACACGUUGUGGAAACACCACCACCCUGAAAAUUCGCUGCUUCCGGGACAAUUCACCUCAACAAAGGAUUUUGGCUGAUGUUGCGUGCUCUUUGUCGACGAGCACCUUACCUUCCCAAUGCGGCCAGAUCAUUAGUGCAGUGAAGUGCUUUGUUUCACUGGAGACCUAUUAGCUGAACACCAACGGUGCUGCGACUAUGCAUUGGCACUAUCUCAACCUGAGCAUCCAUCACCAUGGCACCUCGCAACAGGAAGCGUGCGACCAAGCCGAAGCCAGGCACGUUGAAGCGCAACGUCAGUUUUGGAGAAGAUCGAAAUGGCUCGACACGAAUCAGUAGACCUGGAACAUCGCCGA